AUUGAAGAUGUCUUGUUCUCGUUGCAGAAGAGGACUACAGAGAUAACGGUGGACAGUGGGGAACAGAAAGCAGUGUUCGUCCGUAUUUCCGAAAGCGUCGCGUUACCAUCGCCAGAUGUGCCAGCAACCAUUACGGAAGUCCACGAUGAACCGACAAGAGAAACGGCGUUCAGACGUUUAUCGGAAGUGGAUCGAAUCCUCCUGGAGAGUUUGGAUAUUGGCCAUUCCAGACCCAGGCCCACUGGUCGAUUCCUGACGAUGCACAAGAGACGCCGUAAGAGGCUUACCACGAGAUCCUUAACUCAGGAGCCGGGUAUCCUAGACGAUAUUUUCCAUGGCCUGGUUCAGUGCGUACUACAAAGAGCCGGAAACUGGCGGUUUAAUGCGUUUACACUAGAAACAGUGACAGGAGGACGUUCAUUGCCAGUAUUAUGCGUCCAUCUUUUUCAUUGGUACGGAUUGCUGCAACAUUUCAACUUGGACGUGGUAACGGUGUGGAAAUUGUUCGCCUUCAUCGAGGAAGGCUAUCACAGUACAAAUCCUUACCACAACAGUACACACGCGACAGAUGUGACCCAGGCGAUGCACUGUUUCCUCCAAGAGAAAAAAAUUAGGAUGCACUUAACCAACUUGGAAAUAAUGGCUUCCCUGAUAGCCGCGGUGACACACGAUCUGGAUCAUCCAGGCGUCAAUCAACCGUUUCUCGUCGCGACCAGCAAUCACCUGGCUGCUCUCUACCAAAAUACUUCGGUCCUUGAGAAUCAUCAUUGGAGGUCAGCAAUAGGAUGUCUCUUGGAAAGCGGUGUUUCUGAUCAAUUGCCCGCUAAUGUCAGGCCAGAACUUCAACGGCACAUUAGCUCGUUGAUUUUGGCAACAGAUAUUACACGGCAGCAAGAGUUUCUCGUUCGAUUCAAACAUUACUUGGACGAGAAUCGGUUGGAAAUGAAACGAGCAGAGGACCGGCAUUUCAUCCUUCAAAUAGCUUUGAAAUGCGCUGAUAUAUCAAACCCGUGCAGACCUUGGGACAUCUCGAGGAAGUGGUCGUAUAAAGUAUGCGAGGAAUUCUUUCGACAAGGCGAUUAUGAACGUCGACUAAACCUUCCGGUGACGCCGUUAUGCGAUCGACAUACCACUAGCAUACCAAAGAUACAGAUUGGAUUCAUAAAAUUCGUCGUGACACCUCUUUAUGAGGAAUGGCAUCGUUUCCUCGGGGACGGACUUAGCGUGUCGCUGAUGGAACAUUUACGCGGUAAUCAGAAGAAAUGGGAGACGUUGGUACUCCAGGAGACAACAGAAGAAACGGAAACGGAGAUCUCGGAGCUAGACGAAGCGGAGGACGCGGUCAGCUCCACCGAGGACCCGGCCGCAGACGAGGAUACAGGAAGUAUCGAUUUGCUCAUACCGGCUGCAUACGUUCAAUCCUCUCGUAUGCAAAGCUUACCGGCACGGGUCGGCCUCGAACGGGUCGGUAGGCGUCAUUCCGUGCCGCUGAGCAUUUCGAAAACGUUAACGCUUCUUCCGCGUAGCACAGUGAGACGCGAGAGUCUGCCGAGCGAACACAGCAAAGGGAAAAGUCUGUCGCCAAGAUUCGACGAUCAUAGUUUCCUGGAGCCGAGUUCGUUUUCUUUACUCUCGUCCAAGAGCAGCAUACACGAACUAUCUCCGAACACAAACGCAACGGAACGACCGGUCAGCGCUGAAAGUCUUCUGCCGGAAACAAGUAUAGCCAGCAUUACCAACAGCACCGAAGCGUCCAGGUUAAGCUCGGUUCUGCAACCAGACAAUCAAAACCCGGGCACGCAGUCGAAACAGUUGACGAGACAACAGACUUUUCCGCCUCUGCAACCGUACGUUCGAAUGAGAUACUUGUCCACGACCGCGGAAAUGUCGCAGUGUUACUCGCAAAUCUUAAUGGAGGCUGACAGUUCCAGCUCGUCUUCGUGCUCGACGAAAGAAAAACCUUGCUUGGGUGGUCAUUGCGGUACUCCGCCGAUCAGCGAGGUGGACACGUUACAAGUGAAGCGUAAUAUUGAAAAGGUGUCAAGAGAAUCGGUUUCCGCGGACAUCGUUGGUAAAAGACGUAGUUCCGCGAUUGCGGAUACAAUUAGACCAAAAACUGACGUCACCUCGACUGCCGAUCAUCCUCGACGUCAUUCGGUACAAGCGAUUCGUAUCGACGACACGAACCUCAAGAAGAAUCGUCAUAAACGACCUGCGUCUGCUCAAGGAACGGAUUCUACUCAAGUUUUCUACACAUCGUUAACCGGUUGCGGUUGCGGCGACAAAGACACACGUGACAUCGAGACGGAAUGUAAAUCGGAAUGUGUAUCGACAUCGAAGGUGAAACACGAUAGUGAGAAAGUAACAUGCGAAGAUCAACGGACUACAACGCCGUCGAGUAAAUCCGAUCAGUGUAGUUCGAUGCAUGUUACGAAAGCGAAGUGCGUCGAAUCCGAAUUACGAAGAUACUCAACCCCUGUGCCAGAAAUUAAGACAAUAAUGACCGAUGCCAGUGGUAGACGAUUUACCGCGAUACCAGUGUCUUCGGAACUCAGCACUCACAAAGUGUUCUUCAUUGGCAGCCCGCCGGAUUCACCGCCUCUCAUCCAAAGCAUAUCGUCAUCAAGCGACAGUGGUAGUGAACCGCGAAAAAGUAUUGGUGAUAACGAGAUCGUUUCUACGGGUAGCAAACGGGACUCGGAUUCCGUGAAGGAGAAGAGCUCGAAGGUGGCCAAAUUAAACCUCGACGUGCAAAUGAAAGAAAACGUUGAUCCACGUGCAGUUGAGGAUCCGAAGGGGAUCACGCCAUCUCGAAAGGGAAGCCAGUCAUGGGCCAGACGGCGAGGAUCUGCCCCAGUUGGUCUCUUAUCAAGAUUGGAUGACAUUACUGUACCACCUAUAACAUCUACUAGAGUUGAUCACACUUCCAGACGUGGAUCUGUACCAACUGACAUUACUAGGCAUCAAGGUGGAGGUUUUAAUCGAUUAGCCUUAGGAGUUAGAGAAGGUAAUGUUGCAACACCUAGGAGAGCUAGUCUUCCGCAAGAAACUGCUCUUGGAAACCUUAUUGGCAAUAUUUUAUCUUUAACCAAUGAGCGCGAGAAUCUCCCAAUAAAUAAUAAUAACAAUAAUAAUAAUACUGGAACUAGCAACAAUAAUGGAUUAACGAGAAUAAUUGAUAGCACCGGACCUGGAAUGCCGUCUCCACGGCGAGGUUCAGUGCCAGCAGACAUAUCUGAAUUACGCCGAGAUAUGUUCAAUAGGAGUAGCAUAAAUGGUAAGCCUCGUAAUCGGAAAAAGGUUUUGAAGAGGAGAAGUUCUGGAGGACCAGAAAUGUUUUCUGUAAGAGGUUCCCUGCCCAUAGAGAUGGUGGCCAUUUCUCAUGCUGGAUCGGGAUCGGGAACCAGAAGAUCCAGUUUGUGGAGACUUUAGCAUGGAACAGAAGCAAGUGGACCGCCCGUGCAACCAACGGUUGACAGCAGAUCAUCGAAUACUACCGCACUGACAGUCUUUCCUUACAACAUUAGCACCAACAGCGAUGAUUGACUUCCACGUUCAACGAUUGCCAAAUCUGAAACUCCUCUUAUCAACCGUUAUCAUGGGCAUGUGAAUUCGUAAAGUUAAUCAAGAUUUCUAUUACAAUAGUUGCAAUA